CAACCCAAGAAAUCUUCCCAUUGCCAGCAUUUCACUCCUUUUGCACUUCUUCAGCUCUUUCUUGAGUGUCAUUCUUUCAAAGAAAAAUUUAACUUCAAUCUUCAUUUGCAAAUUUUCUCAGAAGAAACACACAUAAUGGGUGUUGGAUAUACUUUAGAUUAUUUAUCUGGUUUACUAGGCAAUGGACACAAGAAAAGGAGACAAAUGCAGACAGUUGAACUCAAAGUUAGAAUGGAUUGUGAAGGAUGUGAACUUAAAGUUAAGAAUGCUCUUUCUUCAAUGAGAGGAGUAAAGUCAGUGGAGAUUAACAGGAAAGAACAAAAGGUGACAGUAAGUGGAUAUGUAGAAGCAAACAAGGUAUUAAAGAGAGCUCAAUCCACAGGAAACAAAUCUGAAGUAUGGCCUUAUAUUCCUUACAACUUGGUUAUGAAUCCUUACACUGCUCAAGUUUAUGACAAAAAAGCACCACCUGGUUAUGUUAGAAAAGUUGACAACACUACUGCCACAACCACAAUGAAUUACCAAGAUGAUCACUAUAUUGCCAUGUUUAGUGAUGAUAACCCCAAUUCUUGCUCCAUCAUGUAAACUGCUUCAGACAAGAAAAGUUUGUGGGAUUUUCUUGAUUUAGCAGUCUAGGUUCAGGGUUCAGGCUAGCUUAACUAAUUAUGUAAAAGUCCAAUCAGUUUAUGGGCUAUUAUUACCUCUAAUUCAUAUGUAAAACUCCAGUCAGUUUCUCUGAUGUAGUACAAGUAAAUAAUGAUGAUUAAAAUGGGGUUGUGGUAAUCAGAGACUUUGCAGGUAUGUUGUUGUGAUGGACAUGACAAGACAGAAUGAAUGAAGUUAUUUUCUUGAGUA